AUGAAGUUCUCUGAUGCUGCCCUUGUGGCCUUGGUCUCGCUCGCCGGGAGCGUCUCUGCUCUCUCACCAGCCGGGUGGCGCUCUCAGUCCAUCUACCAAGUCCUCACCGAUCGUUUCGCUCGAACUGAUGGCUCAACAACUGCAACAUGCAACACAGGGGAUCAGAUUUACUGUGGAGGAUCUUGGCAAGGCAUCAUCAAUAAAUUGGAUUACAUCCAAAAUAUGGGGUUCACAGCAAUUUGGAUAUCCCCUAUCGUGGAGAAUUUAUCCGGCAACAGCGGAGAUGGAGAAGCCUACCACGGAUACUGGGCUCAAAACAUCAACGCCGUCAACAGUAACUUCGGCUCAGAAUCCGAUUUAAUCGCUCUCUCUACAGCUCUCCAUGCCAGGGGGAUGUAUCUGAUGGUAGACAUCGUCACAAAUCAUAUGGGUUACCUGGGCUGCGGGACAUGCGUUGACUACAGCGUUUUUACGCCUUUCAACUUGCAAUCUUACUAUCAUCCUUUCUGUCUCAUUGAUUACAACAAUGCUACCAGUAUCAAAGUCUGUUGGGAAGGAGACAAUACCGUCUCUCUCCCUGAUCUGAGGACCGAGGAUUCAAAUGUACUGAACACGUUCGAGACUUGGAUCUCGGGGCUGGCCUCUAAGUAUAGCAUUGAUGGUUUGAGGGUUGAUAGUGCCCAGCAAGUUGACAAUGCGUUCUUUCCUCCGUUUCAGGCUGCUGCUGGAGGCAUGCAUAUUUUGGGAGAGGUUUUCAACGGAGAUCCCGCCUACACAUGUCCAUAUCAGCAAUACAUGAGCGGUGUCCUGAAUUAUCCUGCCUACUUCUGGAUCAUUCAGGCCUUUGAGUCCACCAGCGGGAGCAUCAGCAAUCUUGUCAAUGGCAUAAACACAAUGAAAUCAACCUGUUCAGAUACGACGCUUCUUGGAUCCUUCAUGGAGAACCAUGACAAUGCCAGAUUUCCAUCACUCAAUUCCGAUCUGUCCUUAGCGAAGAAUGCUAUUGCUUUCACCAUCCUUCAGGAUGGCAUACCUAUCAUCUAUUAUGGGCAAGAGCAACAUUAUUCUGGUGGCGGUGUUCCAUAUGAUCGCGAGGCCCUUUGGCUUUCCGGAUACUCUACCAGCGCGCCUCUCUACACAUUCAUUGCUUCCGUAAACCAGAUCAGAAAUCAAGCCAUUUACAAAGAUAGCGGUUAUCUCACCUACAAGGCCUACCCGAUAUAUUCCGACAGCCACACCAUCGCAAUGAGGAAAGGAGACAGUGGUUACCAGAUCAUUGGGGUAUUCUCUAAUCUCGGCGCCAGCGGGAGUAGUUAUACUCUCACCUUGACUUCUUCCGAGACGGGCUUCACAGCCAGCCAAUCAUUGGUCGAAGUUCUCAGCUGCACAGCAUACACCACCGAUUCCAGUGGAAACCUAGCUGUAGCUAUGGCUGGUGGCCUGCCAAGGAUUUUUUACCCAACAGCUCAACUUACAGGGAGCGGUGUUUGCAGCUCAAUCACAGGAUCCACAAGUUCGAAAUCUACCACGACAGCGACCACGACAACGACAAGCUCAACUGCUUGCGCAACCGCUACCUCAGUCGCUGUCACAUUCGAUGAAAAAGUUACCACAACAGUCGGACAAACGAUCAAAAUAAGUGGGUCUAUUGCAGCCCUUGGGAACUGGGACACCAGCGCCGCAGUCUCGCUCUCUGCUUCUCAAUACACAAGUGCCAACCCCUUAUGGUUUGUGACAUUGAACUUGGCACCCGGCACAGCCAUUCAGUACAAAUAUAUCAACGUUAAUUCCGCAGGGACUGUCACUUGGGAGGCAGAUCCGAAUCAUACUUAUACCGUGCCUGCAACCUGUGCGACGGCGGCGACGGUGAAUAAUACGUGGCAGUAA